AUGGGUUUCGAGAAAACGCUUCGCUCCAUCGCGGCCCUCGUGCGGCCUGAUCGUCAGACGCUCAUAUUCGCCAACUCUGGAUCGAGGGAGAUUGAAAACCUUGCCGACUGCUUGAUUAAUGACUACGUUCAGGUUAGCAUCGGUCGUUGCAAGCUGGUGGAGGACAAGCUGGUGGAGCAAAUUGUCAUAAUCUUCGAGAAAGCUCACAAACUUGAACGGCUCGUCGCCUUGUUACAGGACAUUCUCAGGGAGAAAGAGGACAAGGUCAUCGUCUUCGUCGAGACUAGGUUGAUGGUGGACGAGAUGGUGCUCGAGUUACGACACGGGGACUGGUCCGUCGUCGGCAUCCAUGGCGCGAAGGCGAGAGACGAGCGACAGAAGGCGCUGGACGCGUUCAAGUCGGGCUCUUCGAGCAUUCUGGUGCUGACCGACGUUGCGGCUCAGCGACUGGACGUCGACCGCGUGCGCUUCGUCGUCCACUACGACCGACCAGCGAAUGCGGACGUCUACGUGAACCGGCCGUUCGAGAAGAACCUCUACGAGGAACACCAGGCCACGGCAAGCCGGUCGAUGGCCGAUGUGGAAGGCUACAGAAAAGCGAACGGCGUAUCGGUGAAAGGGCGCGACGUGCCGAAACCUAUCCUCGCCUUGGAAGAGUCCAACUUUCCGGACUUCAUCGUCAAAGUUAUUGAGGCCGGGAACUUUCUCGGUAUAGCGGAGACUGGGUCGCACAAAACGCUUGCCUACCUACUCCCAGCCGUCAUACACAUUCACACCCUGGCCUCAGAGCUCGGCAAGCGUACCGCGGUGCGCAGUGUGUGCGCAGCGAACGGCGAGCGAAAGAAAAGCAAGUACGCCGAGCUCCAUGGGGGCUGCCAUACCUUCGUGGCCACACCUCGAUGCCUCAUCGAGUUCCUCGAGGAAGGCCAGGUGAACCUCCACCGGUGCACGUACCUUGUGUUCGAUGAAGUGGACCGCAUGCUGACUGUGGGCUACCAGCGCCAUGUUCUCAAGAUUGUGGAGCUUUGCCAACCGGACCACCAAACGAUAAUGUGGGCCAUAUCCUGGCAGAAGAAUCUGAAGCCACUUAUUGAGGAUGUGCUCGACGACUACGUCGAAAUAAGCUUUGGUACGGCGCCCCGGCCUGUUGAAAACACCGUGGAAAUGACCGUCGAUUGGAAGGUGGAAGAGAUUACGUUGAAGCUGCGGAAACGAGGCCGGCCAGCCAUGAGCCUUCACUGCAAGAAAGAGAAAAAGGAGCGCGACUGGAUCUUGUCCAUGUUUAAUAGCUGUGGGGAAAGCGUGCUCGUGACGACCGACAUGGCUGUUCAAGACCUCGUAUUACCGGACGUACGGCUGGUGGUGAACUACGACUGCCCGGACUGCUCGAAAGUCUACGUGCACAGGUCGAGACACGCGCAGCGCUCCGACGAGCCGAGUAUGGUGCACACGUUCCUCGUUCCCAGCCAACAUUUUCAGGCAAGGACCCUGGUAGAAAUUCUGCGGGAUGCGAGGCAGCCGGGCAGUCACGAGCUUUAUGAGCUGGCGAAAAAUGUUCACUCGAAGCGAUAA